AGGAAUGCAUGAACAUUUCACGUGUGGAAAAAAAACGCUUAUGGAUCAGCCUCUUCUUCUCUAGUGCAUUUUUGGUAACCCGUCUUCCUUCAUUUUACGCAUGCGCAGUGCUUGUUGUUGCAAGACGGGCAAUUCAACAGCAACCGUCAGCAGGAGAACAUUUACGUUUUUUUGUGUUUGAGACAAACUCAACAAAAAGAUAAAUUACCCGAGAAGGAAUGUUGCCUUCAAAUUUGGAUACUUACAGAAGAAAAUUUGGAAGUAGAGCAAUCGAUACUAUUAAAGUGUUUUGUCACGUGUUAAGACCUGGCCAAUGGGAAAAAGCCAAGUCCAACGGAAAAGUAUUCUCUUUGUUCGGAUGUUUUGCCAACUUAAUCCUCAAAUAUGGAUCCCAAACCUCUAUGAAUCUGCUGAUAUGGACGUGGAGAUGAGGACAUAGGGAAGUACGAGUUGUGGAUACGUUUCAUCGCGGGCUUUCAGAAGUGCCACGUGUUCAGGUUUUGAACUGUACGUUAAGGCUUAUUUCAUCACAUGACUCCCCUCCCCCACCCGGCACAGGCAAUCGGGGAAGAAGGCGGACAUGUUUGAGGGAAAUGUGUUGGUUAAAAAGUGUCGAGGUGGAAGACAAGAAGAUUAUUGGAAGAAAGGUUUCGCAUUAUUUUUGGAAUUUACAACCGAAGACUUCCUUUUUUUUAACGUUGAAUUCAAUUAUGUUAGUUUUCCUUUUGUUUAGACAAUAUUAACUUUUUAAAAUGUGAAUUGUACUUUACUUAGGUUAAUUUUAUCAGCAGCAAUUGUGCCAAAAUUUCCGUUGAAUUUGAUAUUGCGUGGCCUGAGUCUUUGGUUGUAAUCGUUUAUUUGAGUGACAUUGUGGGGCACUUGUAACCUUGGUGUGGGGGAUGGGCGAAACUGGUUAGGUAACCAUGUUGUGCGGUUGUUGGAUUAGUUUAAGUUGUUUUUCUAUAGUUAAUUUUUGUAUUACCAAUUCUAGGUAUGUGCAGUAUUUGACAUUUGAUAAAUGGGUAAUAGAGUUUGUGUAAACUGUAAAAGAGCAGGUGUGGUAAAAGAAUAUUUCAGGAUCUCCUGUUAACUAUGUGUUAACUCCUUUGUCUGAAAAUCAAAUCGCAAUAGCGAUUUAGUAUUUCUUGGUUUGUGAGUCUACUUUGAAUGUAGGCUGAGGUCAGAGAGGGAAACUGCUGUGUCAUUCAGUGGACAGUCAAUGGGUACACCGUGCCAGUGUGGCGUUUUUAUUGUUUGAAUAUAGCUAAAUGUUGGCCAUCUUAAACUGUAAUAUGUUGGUUUGGUUAUAGGCAAGUUAGAUCGAACCAUAGGCCUGAACAAGUUUUUUUUAUACACACCUACCGGUUUGUGGGCCAUGGGGCCUUGUUUUCAUGGGUGUCUAAAAGUCCUUGAUUCGUACAAGUUCAGGCGGUCUUGUUUUUUAUUUAUUUUAAAGUCCUCAACUAAUGCACUAGUGCAUGUCUUGUGUCGUUUGCGGUAACCGUAUUGUGUAAAAAUCGAUUUAAACUCCCUUUAUCCGGUUGCUCAAAGAUGGCGCCUGGGCGCGUUUUCUAGAAGAAAGAAAUGCGGAUAUUCUGUAAGUGGAGCUCGUGAGGGAGAGGCUCUCUUCGGGGGGUACGCGUGACUGAGCGGAAGGACCAAUAGGCUUCUUGGUAUUUAGAAUGGAAGCCCGCGUUACAGUUGUUCUGACCAAUCCCCGUCGCUGCCUGGCACACGUUGACGUAAUAUAAUAUGAUCGAGUAUAGUAGGCUGGCUUCGUUGUUCUCAGUUUCUGUGAAGAAUUUUAUGCGGGAGCCAGUUACAGGCAGCACAUGUGUAACGUCGAGUCGGCUGGCCAAUAGUAUUGAGCAACAUCUUUGACUGACGGCAAAAAAUAUGCGUAUAGGCUGGUCUUGAGGGUUGUCCGCGGAGCCUUGCAGUUAAAUGGGUGUGGUGACUAUGACAGACGUCGCUUGCAGCGAAUACAUAGUUAGUGGGUGGAGACUUCAGACCUAGUCUAUCCAAUCACGAGAAUGGUUGGUCUAUAAAAACACGGGUGUAGUCGCUCAGUCGCCAUUUCAACGAAGUUAAGCGCUAGGACUUCGUUGUGGCGGGGAGCGGAGAACACUGACGACCGGAGACGGAUCCUGGUUUUGAAUCUUUCUUAAACAGAAUCCGGAUCCAUCCUGAUGGAUAUGGCUGUUAACUCGCCCCUUGACAGGUAUCUACUGGUAAAAUUGACUCUCAGCUUUCCAUCAAAGGGAAUAUUUAUCAGUUCUCGUAAUUAAUUUUCGUUAUAUCGGCACUGACAGCAUUGUUCGCUGUUAUACAUAUGGAAGUGAGAAAUGGACUCUGGAUAUACCACAAGAAUAAGUUCGCGUACAUAAAGCCGUGAAAAGUGUUUUAUAUGUCGAUAGACUGGAGAAUUAAUGAGUUCAAGCAAGCUGCGACUGCUGGUCGCACCGUGCCGGCGCCAUCUUCGGGGCGCCCCUGCCGUUGGCCGCUUUCCUUCGGCUCGGUAGUUGGUGUUAGCAUUUUUAGCAUUAGCCUUGAACCAACUGUUAAAGGACGAACGAGCCCGUCUUUGAGCGGUGGGACGAAAAUUAAUGCGCCUUAUGAAAUGACAGGACAACGAUGCAGGCACGUAAGAAUGCUAACAUUAUCAGUAGCAUUCUGUGUGUUUUUUAUGUAAAUAGUCCGCAGUUAAACGUUUCUGAGCCAGAAUGGACAGCGGUGCCAGAGAAGUAAACCUCCUGCCGUUAGAAGGCCGGUUUGUUGUGUUAGCCAUGUGGCGGUCAGGGAUUGUUUUGAUCACCGAUGCAACAACAUGCUACAAUCCCAGAGCUACAAAUUAAGUUGCUGUUAUCAGCUGUGACUUGUAUUCAUUAAAAUACUGUACCACAGUAAAACAUAAUAGUAAUGACAAAAUAAUCGACAUGACUUUUGAGACGGAACGUUGCUGUUGGGGUCUUGUGUUUCAGUCGUUGCCUGGUUACAGUGUCACACAGUGCGCCGCCUCGUUUAAGUUGAGGCUUUUAUGAAUGUAUCUCUUUAAGUUUUUAUUGUUCCCUAAACCUUUUUUAUUGUUGGACCACUGGAGCCUCAUAAAUUAAACUUGCCAAAUCUGUCACUUUUUUAUUUUUGAGCUAACAUUUUUGUUACUUUCUUUUUAUGUAAAUGAUUAUUUUCCUUUUUUAAUAAUAAAGUACACUAACUGUCAAAUGAGUUUCCAAAAGUUGUAUCAUUCAAGGUGACCAGAUUUUGAGAAUUGUGCUGUAAAUUUACCGUAAACCACUUGUUGGGAUUCUGUGGUGUGUCACUUAUGUAAAGUAGCUAUGCAGGUAAACAAAUGAACACAUAUCAAUAAAAACAGAAGGCAGCAGUAGAACUGUUUUCCAGCAGCUGACCCGUGUCAUUGGAUGGAUAUGGUGAGUGUGGACAGUUGAUGGUGAGAUUGGACAAAAGCACCAAAAGUAUAUUUUCCCACAAUUGCAUUAUAUUCACUAAAUUUAACACAGGUUGUUCUUAUUCCGUAAUGGGGUCGCCUGCGUUCGAUGAAUAUUUGUUAAUGUCACAAUGGUCAUGUAUGAUUUGAGUUUUUCCAGCUGCAGAUUAGCACAGCUAAAUGGUCUAAACGCAUUGUCACCCGUGUCAUUUUUCCUGUUUACAGACUGCAGAUUAAGUUGUUGACCACAAAACCUUUUCUCCACAGUAAAGUCCUUUUUAGAGCUCAGAACUAGAAGUGCGUAAGAUGGGUCAUAUAUGCUUGUAUGUAUAACAAGCCAAGUUUCUGUACAGAGUGCGUACCCUAUUAAAAAGUGAAGGACUUGGUUUUUGUUCUAUGUAGAGGCAUGCUUUCUGAUGGGAAAACUUGCAGACCAGCUGAGACUCCACCCACAAAGCUUAAGGGGAUUUUUCCACACAGGCGGGGGUGGAGUUUUAAUUCAGUGCUGUAAACUGGUGAGGGGAGGAAGUUAUUGUAAUGCUUUUUCUUCCUGGGGUGGGAGUGCUGAUUUGUCUUAAAUUAACUCCAAAAGCUGCAUGGCGGCUGGGACGUAUAGAAUGUGACUGUCGUGUGAUCGGGAUUUAGGUUGAACUGUACGCGUGUGCAUGCUCGGUGCGGUGAUUAAUGUUUUUUUAUUAACUAUGAGCAUUUAGCUGAAGUGUCUUUGCUGCAGAUUAAUUGAUUGGGAAACUCAAAUUGUGUCCAUGUUGUAUUUUACUAUAGUUAAACUGUAGUUUGACAUCUUAGUGAGAUGUAGUGCGGUUUCAGUUGCGGUGAGAAAAGAAUACACAACUCAUAAAUACAAUUUUUGAGGUGGUCGUGGCAGUUUUGGAAAGAGCACAUUGUUCAUUGGUUCUUAACUGUGUGCCCCACAGCUCUCUUUCUGGGGUUGAGGUCAGCCUGAUGGGAGUCACCAUGGACCACACAUCUGGCACAGCUGGAAAGCGCAUCAGGAAACCUUCGCUGCUGUAUGAGGACUUUGAGAGUCACGGGAUGCCCCCUCUCAAUCAGAUUGUCCCUUCGGGACCCCCCCAGCCUCUGGUGAAAGACCCCAGCCGACUGGGGAGGAUGACCAACCAGCUCCAGUUUCUACAGAAGGUGGUGCUCAAGUCUCUGUGGAGGCACCACUUUGCUUGGCCUUUCCAUGAACCUGUCGAUGCGGUUAAGCUCAGCCUGCCUGACUAUCACAAGAUCAUUAAGAAUCCCAUGGACAUGGGCAGCAUCAAGAAGAGGUUGGAGAAUAACUACUACCGCAGCGCCAGCGAGUGCAUGCAGGACUUCAACACCAUGUUCACCAAUUGCUACAUUUAUAAUAAGCCCACAGAUGACAUCGUCCUGAUGGCGCAGUCUCUGGAGAAGGCCUUCCUGCAGAAGGUGGCUCAGAUGCCCCAGGAGGAGCUGGAGCUGCCACCCCCCCCACCACGGAGCAAACAGAUCAAGCCUGGCAAAAAGGGCCGAAAUAAUGCAGUGUCGGGAGGUGUGACGACUGCUCAUCAAGUUCCAGCCGUCUCCCAGUCGGCCUACUCCCCUCCCACCCCGGAGACACCCGACUCCAUUCUCUCUACACCCCCACAGACAAUUCUGACCAAGAGCCUUACCCCCUCCCUCCCCACUGAGCAGAGCCUCCCGCCCAUCACAGGCCUGCCCCCCACACAGCCCACUGCUAAGAAAAAAGGCGUGAAGCGGAAAGCGGACACAACCACCCCGACCACAGUCGCCAUGCCCAUUAUGAGCACCAUGGGGGUCAGCGGCAUCGGCCUGGGGAUGGGCGGGGGGCACAACUCCCCGCUGACGCUCACCUCCCUGGGGAUGGAGCACAGCAGCAGCCUGGGGAUGAGCCAGGCUCUGGGCCUCAGCCCGGGCCUGGGCAUGGGCCUGGGCAUGGGCAUGGGCAGCGGGGCCAUGAUGAUGGGCACCAAGGCCACGGCGGCCAGCAGGAGGGGGGUGAGCGGGCGGCCCAUCAAGCCCCCGAAGAAGGACCUGCCGGACUCCAUCCUGCCCACGCCGGUGCGGCGCAGCAAGCUGAGCCCGCAGCUGCGCUACUGCAGCGGCGUGCUGAAGGAGCUGCUGUCCAAGAAGCACGCCGCUUACGCCUGGCCCUUCUACAAGCCCGUGGACGCCGCCACGCUCGGCCUGCACGACUACCACGACAUCAUCAAGCAGCCCAUGGACCUCAGCACCAUCAAGAGGAAGAUGGACAGCCGGGAGUAUCGCGACUCACAGCAGUUCUCCGCAGACGUCCGGCUGAUGUUCUCCAACUGCUACAAGUACAACCCCCCCGACCACGACGUGGUGGCCAUGGCCCGGAAACUGCAGGACGUCUUUGAGUUCUGCUUCGCCAAGAUGCCGGACGAGCCUCCAGCCCCACCCAGCUCCUCAUCGUCCUCCUCCUCCUCGUCUUCCUCUUCCGAGAGCGAGCUGAGCAGCGAAAGUGAGGAGAGCGAGAGCAGCCCGAGCUCCGACUCUGAGGAGGAGCGCGCCAACCGGCUGGCGGAGCUGCAGGAGCAGCUCAAAGCAGUGCACGAGCAGCUCACGGCUCUCUCGCAAGGCCCCAUCGUCAAACCCAAGAAGAAGAAAGAGAAAAAAGACAAGAAAAAGAAGAAAAAGGUGGAAAAAGAGAAGCAUCGGAGGAUAGAAGAAGAGUUGCCCUCCGUCAAACCGCCCAAAACCCCCAAAAUCGCCAAGACUCCCAAACCCAAGAGCAGCAGAGGGGUGGGCUGUCCCGUGGUGCCUGUGAAGAAGGCGCCCAGCAAGAAGAACAGCAAGAGCAAAUCCAAAAAGGCCGGCAUGACGUUCAACAUGCCGCAGACCAUGCACGACCCCAUCGUCAGCCACUUCGACUCGGACGAAGAGGAGGACACGGCGCCCAUGUCGUACGACGAGAAGCGGCAGCUCAGCCUGGACAUCAACAAGCUGCCCGGCGAGAAGCUGGGCCGCGUGGUGUACAUCAUCCAGUCCCGCGAGCCCUCGCUGCGCGACACCAACCCCGAGGAGAUCGAGAUCGACUUCGAGACGCUGAAGCCGUCCACCCUGAGGGAGCUGGAGAGAUACGUCAUGACCUGUCUGAGGAAGAAGCCCCGCAAGCCCUACGCGCUCAAACCCGCUCUGUUUGUGUCUGAAGCGGCCAGCAAGAACAGCGCGGGGAAGUCCAGGGAGGAGCUGGCUCUGGAGAAGCAGCUGGAGCUGGAGAGGAGGCUGAUGGACGUCAGCGGCCAGCUGAACUCUGGGAAGAAGCCCCCAAAGACCAAACCUGAGAAAGCGGCGUCGGAGACGCACACGCAGCCGUCCCGCCUCAGCGCCAGCAGCUCCUCCUCGGACUCCUCGUCAUCCUCCUCCUCGUCCUCCUCCUCAGACACAAGUGACUCGGACUCUGGCUGAGAGGCCGUUUCCCUGUGAGAGGGCGCGUGAGCCCCGGUCCCUCCCCCCCCCCCAGAGUGGGCCGGACCGUUGCAGAGCUACUGACAAUGGAGCUGCAGAGCCAACCGGACGAGCAGAGCCAGCACUACUGGUCCGACUCGCCUCGCCGGAGCCGGAAAGAGAGAUGGAGCUGUCCCCGAGCUGGGCUCGUUGGUCCAGUCCAGGACGAAGCUGGAUGAGAGGGGGAGGCGGUCCUGGUGGGGCCGGGGGAGCUCCAUCUCCUGCUAACAAAGACCGAUGCAUAUGUUGGAGGGAUAAGGGUGCUACUGCCAGAAUCGCUCUCAUUUCUGGAGAUUUUUCCCUUCUUUACAUGCUCUCUGUCUUUAUGCUGUAUAGAUAAGAUGUACAGUUACAUAAAUAUCUAUUUUUCUUUUAUAAAGAAGCAUUUUAUGGAGCUAAUUUAUUCCCUCUUUCUGGGGAACCUGAGCUGGUGUGGGCAGAGUUGUUAGUUUUUCUGUGUUUUUUUUCUUUUUUUUUUUUCUGGUGUGAUCAAGAAAGUGUCUGUGUGUGUGUGAAUGUGUGUCUGCAUGUGUGAGUGUGACCUCCCUGUGCGUUCCCUCAUAGUUUGACGCGGCGCUGAUCUCUGCACGCAGAAGCACCUUGGUUAGAAAACAAACCGCAUGCAAUUCUCCCCGAGUCUGUACAGAAACCUGUUUCUACCCAGACAUUUCUGUCCCCACAUUUGUUUUUUUUGCCAUCCAGCUUUUCUAUAAAUGUCUUUUUUUUUCUUUUCUUUUUUUUUUACAUGUGACCAAUCUGCAGAUUAAAUUGUGAGGACGCGUCUUGUCCGCUCACCUGUGCCCAAA